AUGUCUGUUCGGUGUGCGCGCGGCCAGGGGGGCGGAGUUUGGGUCCAUUAGAGAGCGGGGCGAGGGUGAGAGCGGUCACACUCAUUCCGGCAGCUCCAGCGAGAGGACGUAUUUGGUGGUGGUCGACCUGAGAACAACUGAAAAGUUAAAAUGGCAGAUGACGAGAUUGCUGCACUUGUCAUAGACAAUGGUUCUGGUAUGUGCAAGGCUGGUUUUGCUGGAGAUGAUGCUCCCCGUGCUGUUUUCCCCUCUAUUGUUGGACGCCCAAGACAUCAGGGUGUUAUGGUUGGUAUGGGCCAGAAAGAUAGCUAUGUAGGUGAUGAGGCUCAGAGCAAAAGGGGUAUUCUUACCUUGAAAUACCCAAUUGAGCAUGGCAUUGUCACCAACUGGGAUGACAUGGAGAAGAUUUGGCAUCACACAUUCUACAAUGAACUCCGUGUUGCUCCUGAAGAACACCCCGUCCUGCUCACAGAAGCCCCACUGAACCCUAAAGCUAACAGAGAGAAGAUGACACAGAUCAUGUUUGAGACUUUCAACACACCAGCCAUGUAUGUUGCCAUCCAGGCUGUGCUGUCCCUAUAUGCCUCUGGGCGUACCACUGGUAUUGUCAUGGACUCUGGUGAUGGUGUCACCCAUACAGUGCCCAUUUAUGAGGGUUAUGCACUUCCCCAUGCUAUUCUGCGUCUGGAUCUGGCUGGUCGUGACCUGACAGACUACCUCAUGAAGAUUCUGACAGAAAGAGGGUACUCCUUCACCACCACAGCAGAAAGGGAAAUUGUCCGUGACAUCAAAGAAAAACUGUGCUAUGUUGCCCUGGACUUCGAACAAGAAAUGGCCACUGCUGCUUCCUCCUCUUCCCUGGAGAAGAGCUACGAGUUGCCUGAUGGUCAGGUCAUCACCAUUGGCAACGAGAGGUUCAGGUGUCCUGAAGCCCUGUUCCAGCCAUCUUUCUUGGGUAUGGAAUCCUGUGGCAUCCAUGAAACUACUUUCAACUCUAUCAUGAAAUGUGAUGUUGACAUCCGUAAAGAUCUCUAUGCUAACACAGUAUUGUCUGGUGGUACCACCAUGUACCCUGGCAUUGCUGAUAGAAUGCAGAAGGAAAUCACAGCCCUUGCUCCCAGUACCAUGAAAAUCAAGAUCAUUGCUCCACCUGAACGUAAAUACUCUGUCUGGAUUGGAGGUUCUAUCCUGGCUUCCCUCUCCACCUUCCAGCAGAUGUGGAUCAGCAAACAAGAAUACGAUGAGUCUGGCCCAUCCAUUGUGCACCGCAAAUGCUUCUAAAUGAACUGCAGGCAAAUGUGUAGCAUUUGCUGCAAAACUUUGAAGAGGAAAGUUUUUGGUUUUGUUUUUUUUUUUGCCCAGGCAAAUUACACCUCAUGCUAGCCUCAUGAAACUGGAAGUACAAGCCUACUUGUAAAGAAAUUUACCACCCCUUCAGAAAGCUAGUAUGAAGUGUUUUAUAAGGAGCACUGUUGGAUUGUCAAAUCACUUUCUGUCUCGCUGCCAUUCCUGCAGGGUUUGAAACAUUGCAUUUCAGGCCUUAACCCUGCUGUUCCUGUCACUUAUCAGCAGUUCAUGGGGCUGAAACUUUGAGUUGCAAAAAAAAAUUGCAUUGACACCUGUAAAUUUAUGCAUCUGUGAGUUAAUUUAUGUAAAAAUUUCUUUUUGUAUGUUGCCUUAAUGUUCAUUUUCACAUAGAAAACCCAAAUUUGUAAGUCAUCUGGAUGUUGACAAUUGUAUUGCCCAACUGACACUUCAUUUUUUUUUGAGGGGAAAAACAAGUAAAAUGAGUUAUAGAAACCUAACAA